UAUCUGUAAUCCAGCCUCCGUCCGCCUCACGAACACACAAGUUGUGGAGAAAGACGAGAGGGAGACGGAGGGAAAGAAGGAGGAGAGUUUGUUGUCAGAAUUGGUCGGCCACAUAACACAGUCCAGCGAUGGAAAGCAUUUACAGAUAGUUGAAUAGGUAUAUUAGGCUACCUAUCAGCUAGUGAGUGGACGUCAGCUGUAUGUGAAGCAGAAGAAGAAAGAAGGAAAAAGGAGGAGAAACAUGAGCCGGCAACAGCAGCAGUCCCAGGGAGUGGUUUUAACGGGUUACCACAGCAACGCGGAACUGUUGCCGAAAACUGGACCGUGUGACCCCAGCUGUCCGUCAGCCCAGGACCUCGAGUCCACCGUGACCAGUCGCAGAACAGGCCAAUACACUGUUCAACAGAACCAGAACCCGCAUCACGGAGACAAAUCUGGGCCUUCCACUACCACCAACAGUACAAGAACCACCAGCACUGACCCAGCAUCGCUACUAAACCCAAGCGUUGUAGCUUGCCCCAGGUCUCAGCCCUCCUCCAGCCCCAGACACAGUCCCAAAUCCAGGUCCAGACCGCGGCCACCAUGUCAGCGCUGCAACUCUCAGGAAUCUCUGGACGAGCUUGAGAUGGACGACUAUUGGAAAGAGGUGGAGAACAUCACUCGCUCAGGAGGAGGAGCAGGGAGGGGAGAAGGUGGAGGAGAAGGGGAAGUGCAAGAGGAGGAGCAGCAGAAAAUUCCUGAGGAAGGCGAACAGGAGGAGGCUUGGCUUACAGAGGCAGGGCUAGCACGGCUGUUUGAUGAUUCCCUAGCAGCUGACCAGGAUCAGGAAGAAGACAGCGCAGUGUUCCUGUCCACAUUGACCAGAUCUCAGGCAGCAGCUGUAGAACGUCGUGUGACAUCACUACAGCAGACAUGGCUACGGCGACGCAACCGGCAACACGUUCCCGAUGUCAGGGAUAUAUUCAGACCUCCUGAAAAGGAUGGCGAGCCUAGUAAACUCAAAGGGGGAAGUGAGAAUGGACAAAAAGAUGUCACUUCAGCUGCAGAAACAGAGACAGAACUGAACGUUGAAGUGGCGUUUUCAGAGCAGGCGCUGACUUACAGGGACAACAACCAAAAGUUAAACGUCAUCGCUAGCCCUAACUCACCUGACGACAAAUUACCAAACUUUAAAGUCCUUCGAGAUAAAACAGGUCAGACCAGAAUAGGAGAUCUGUCUCCUCUGGAUAUGAAAAAGGUGCGUAGACUGGUGCUUGUGGAGUCGACUGCUCUGUUUGACACCGCUGGGAUAGACCUGAAGGCGCACAAAGCUGUCAAAGUUAAGAUUAAAGAAAGUGGUCUAUUUGGUGUUCCCCUUGCCACUUUAUUGGAACAGGACCAGAGGCGGGCCCCUGGGACCAAAGUGCCAUUCAUACUGCAGAGGUUUAUUAGUCAUAUUGAGGAGGAGGGAUUAGACACCGAGGGGCUACUACGGAUCCCUGGGGCAGCCACCAGAGUCAAGUCCCUGUGCCAGGAGCUUGAGUCCUCUUUCUAUGACGGGAUGUUUCCAUGGCAACAGUUGAAGCAGCACGAUGCUGCUAGCCUUUUGAAGCUGUUCAUCAGGGAGUUACCCCAUCCACUGCUGACUGUGGAGUACCUCAACGCAUUUAUUGCUGUCAACAAGCUCCCCACAAAGAAGCAGCAGUUGCAGGCUUUGAACCUGUUGGUCCUUCUGUUACCUGCGGCCAAUCGGGACACUUUGAAGGCACUAGUGGAGUUUUUCCAGCGUGUGAUUGACCACCAGGCCAAGAAUAAAAUGACUCUUAACAAUGUCUCUGUUGUCAUGGCACCCAACAUCUUCAUGUUCAAAGGUUUCCGCUCCAAGGUUACAGAACAACAGGAGUUCUCCAUGGCAACUAGCACAGCCAACAUCGUCCGGCUGCUCAUCCGAUACCAGAAUCUUCUGUGGACCAUCCCCAAGUUCAUUAUGACCCAGGUCAGACAACAAAACAUGGAAAGCCAUCGGAAACCAAAUAAAGAGAAGGCUGUAAGAAAGCUGCUGAAGAAGAUUACCACUGACAAACUAUCUGAUAAAGCUGUCUCUGAGGAGAGUUCACAGGGAUUUAUUCGAGUUCAAGCACCACAAUUCAGUAAAGUGUCCAUGGCAGUUCAGCUUACUGAAGAGUUGCAGGCUGCUGAUGUAUUAACACGCUUCCUCAGCCAAGAGAGUUUAGUGGCAGUGAAACGAGAAGAGCUGUGUCUCUAUGAGAUUGGUGGAAACAUUGAGGAGAGAUGUCUAGAUGGGGAAACUUACAUGAAAGACCUCUUCCAGCUGAACCCUGCAGCAGAAUGGGUCAUCAAAGCUGUGCAGCGAUAAACUUGUUCCUACCAUCAUGCCCUGCUGGAUAAUGGACUGCUCCAAAUGUUCCCCAAUGUAUGCUACUAAGAGCAGACGGCACCUGGAUCUCUGUGAUUUCUGCUGGUUCUGAAUGUACUCAGACUCAGUUUGAUUGUAGCAACUUGUUGGUGGUGGUGGUUGCAUUGGUUUGCCCUGAAAACUGCCAAAAAAUACAACUAGUCCAAUGGCAGUUUUAAAACAUACUAUAUGAAUCCCUUUUGGGAUAAUCUGCGUUGCAUUUUUUUCCACUUAAGUUAACAACCACAUUGUAAGACAAGAAAAAGAAAAAAUAUGUGCUUGGAUAUUCCACAACACAGACUUUUUUCCACUCUGCCUUAUGUUGGAAUUUUGGGCCUCAGUUACCAUUAGCCUAAAGCAUCAGACAGUUGAGCAGGUGAAAUAAAACCACCUUGUUGUCUGUGGAGUCCUGACAGACCACUUUUAUUUUGUGGUUGAAAUACACUGUUUCUCCCAGCAAUUAAGCCACAACAAUGUGAUUCUUAAUAGUAUGUGAUACUCUAAGUAUUGCAAUUGUAUACUGUGAUUUAUUGCUACUAAUCACUUUGUUGUGUCUUCAGUAAUAUGCUGACAUAAUAUAGUUUGGGGUAAUAAAAUAUCAAAUCUAAUUAAAUCAUUAAUCAAUUAUAUUAGGUCUAUUUUCUGUACAAAUACUUUUAAGAAAAUUGGCUUUUAUUUAUUUUUAUUUAAAGCCCAAAAAUUAUAUGUGGUCACAAUAUUUAAUGUGACUAUAUCAAAGCACUAGAUAGAUUUUUUUUUUUUUUAUUGAUCCCAAAAAAAUGGGAAAUAAUGGUGUUGCAUUAGCAAAAAUAUCAGACACACAGCACACAUACAGAGUAUACAUUAAAUAAUAGGAAACAAUAUACAUUAAAUAAUAAUUAAAUACUACACGAGCAAUAUUUAAAUUGUAACCAGAAAGGGAUGAACAUUGGAGCAAAUGGGCAUAUCGGGGUUUAAAAGCUGGAUGGUCGACUUUAGAGACGGGAGAGGUGAUGAAGUACUACUGUACUGUAAGUUAUAUGUGAGGGAGGGGCCCCUUAUGUGGCACACCUCAAUAGUGACCCCAAAACCUUUCAUAAUAAUGUCGUCACUGACAGCUAACCAGAACAUGCUAUGAUGACAUCAAUGUUUUUAGGGUACAAUAAUACUGCUGUACAUUAUAACAUUUUAAACCGUUGAUGUUUGAGUAUGUUAACGUGUAAUUCAGCUUCAAAAACUGCUACUCGCCAGUGUACAAAUGUAAACAAACACAUUUUUAUAUAUGUACUGUAUAUAGUAGCCUAUGUGUUUGCUCCCAUGGAAUUCAUCAAUUGUCUUACAAGUUUUGUACCAGAUACUUAAUCAUUUUAAAGAUAUUUAAUAUGUAUAUACCAAAAAUAAAUGGGUGAAUGUAUAAAUGGCCUUCAAUGAUACGCUGUCACAUGAUGGGUUCCAAAAGUAUGUGGACACUAAUACUUUUGGCUUUUGCGGUUUUGAUUUUUGUCUCUGUGCUUUUGACAGUCUGGAUCAGUUGAUAGAGCACACUGGGGAAAGUUGUAUUAAUCCAGGAAUAGAAAAUUUCCAUUUUAUCUUUUCGGCACAUAGCUGUGCUUCUGGUGGCUUUCAACACAAGUCUAAUAUGAUUCUGUGUGGUUUCUUACAGUUUCAACAGCCUGUGGAAGAUCAUUUUAGCACCACAAAGUCAAACAUCACGGAUAUUACUCUUGUGGAAAGCUGUAGAAUACAAAUAAUGUGUCCCUGUUUGAAAAUGUUAUAAACUAAGUAACUGUCUGCCUUGUAUUAUCUUGUUUACUGUGAAUGUUCUGAUUUUUCAAAAAAUGAUGUCUUUGUCUUAUUACCACCUCUGAAAUGACCACUAAAGCAGUCUGUAAAUAAACAUGCAGUUAUUAAUUACAGCA